GGCGAAGUCCUCAACGUUGCGGGCCCAGGGCUCGCCGUCGUUGCCUUCUUGCUCGCGACGAGUGUGUUCUGGUGCGUGGUCUCGUGUCUGGGCGAAAUGACCGCCCUCUUCCCCAUCCAAGGACCCCUCUUCGAAUUCCCCGCGCGCUAUCUUGAUGAUGCUGUUGGCUAUGCGGUCGGGUGGAUGGCGUGGUUCAGCUGGGCUGUUACGAUCAGCAGCCAGGCGCUGGCGGUGGCGGCACACACCAUCAUUUACUUUAACUUUGGCACCUAA